ACGAGCUGUAAACUGUAGCGGUACACCCAGGCGGCACAGCAGCAUUUUCCUUCUUCCAGAUUGGGUCGGAGAAUUGGACCAUAUCCUUACUGAGGGCUAGUACGGUGGUACCUGCGGCUACCUUACCAAGCUGCCGCAGGGGUCUUCGUAUUUGUAAACAAUGGCAACCUCAGCGAACCGCGGGAGCAGCAGAGAAGGCGCGGCCAAAGCCUCCGUGGCCGAUCAGAUCUCUCAAACCGUUCGGUCCACCUCCAAUCUCCUUCACCUGAUGCAACAGUCUUCUGCUUCUCAGGCCCAACUGAGAAAGCUUCCAAAGAACCUUUUGGCAAAAACCUCUAUAAUCAAGAAUACGGGGCAAGUGUUGGAGCAGAUGCCUCAUGUCAUUUCAUCCUUGGAUGCACAUAUGGAUAAUGGAUUACACAGUGUUCCUCAUCUGCAACCAGUGGUCCAGUUACUUGCAAAUAUGAAAAGCUGCCAGCUUAAUUCUCUCUCGCAAGCUCAUCUUUCUCACGAGGAACAUGGCUUGGCAAACUCUUCAGAGGUGCCUUAGCUGACUGAACGCCAAACCAACUUUGCCGAAGGCCUGAAAUAACAGAUUAAGAUAGAAGAAAGGUCGUGGGCAGGCCAUCAAAGUCUAACUCAGGAUGACCAACUUGUUAUAUUGCAAUAUUGAUCUAUCCCUAGUCUCAGUGUAACAUUGAAUAAUACCAAAAAUCGCGUGGAUAUCAAGCAUAAGAAGAAGCUAGCAAUGUUCCAGCUCCUGAUAUUCUAGAACUCUGUGUCUUGUUCGGUGGCAGUGAUAUAUGCAACCAGGAAGAAUAUGUGCAAUAUUGACUUCUCGAAGCGUUUGAAACACGUUUAGGGCUUCAAUAGGAAACGUGUUGCUUCAGUCACGCUUUCCACUUGUUUCAUCCUUUUCCCACUUAUUAGCAUGGUCCUGAUUUAUCAUUUUUGUAAUUCUCUUUUGAUGUGACAUGAAAAGUUAUAUUGUUAUCUUUUUAAUCAGCCAAUAUUUGAUGUCA